GCCAGAGAGCCGGGCCUGGGCGGGCUGGGGCCGCAGCGCCUCGGACGGGGACGGAGCGGCGGGCUGGAGGAGCAGGAGCCUGCGGGAGGGUCCGGCUGAGCUCCGAGCCGGACAGCGGAAGCCAACCCGGGCAGAAGCCCUGGCGCCCCGAGGCCACCGCGAGCGCCCUGGGAGGACGCGGGGGGCGGGUGCAUCUUCCGCAGGUCCCCUGACGCUCGGCACAGCGGGCCACCCGUGGUUGCGGAGCCCUGGGCGUUUGCGCGGCUCCGCGCGCGGCUGCCACGGCCCUGAGGGCUUGUUCCUCCGCAGAGCCGCGGCCUCCGGCCUUUGCCUUUCCUCUUCCAUCUUCCUUCGGGCCCCAGCUCCUUCCAGGCCUGGCCUGGCCCUGGCUCGGCGCAGGCCUCCAGCAGUUCGGCCCCACACCCAGGGCGCCUCUGGUCUUCCUGCUCAGAGCGCUCCUCCCCUGUCCAGCUCCGGUCCCUUGUGUCGUCUCUCAUUCCGGUAGCAUCGUCUUGUGUUGGGGGGCAGCGCCAAAGCCUCGCUGGCGCCCGCAUCCCCUCUUGCUCCCAUGGUAACCAGCGUGGCCUUCCAAAAACGAGGGUCUCUCAUGCUUUGCCUCUGCUUAAAACCUUUUCUGCUGACCAGGCUCCUCCCUGUGGCCUCCUUGGGGUUCCCGGGCCCUGCCUGCCUACGGGUCCCGAUGGUCCUUGUCCCUCUGGUCCUUCGCUGACCACCCUCCCAUGCCCCUGGGGUCCACCCCCUCCUCAUCCCUGCUCUCUCCGUGGCUGGGCUGGGGGGCAUGGAACGUGAGGGUGGGGACCUGCCCCUGCGCUGUCUCCGGCCAGCGCUCAGGGAUGAAGGUUGAGUGAAUGACUGGUCUGCUUGCUGGUCACCCUGUUCAGGGAGCCUUGAACCAGGGAUGUGCUUGGGGUGCCUUCCACCGUCACAGCUUUUCUCAUGCACUUGGGUCGGGUUCUCUCCACCCCUCUGGAGGUUUCCCCUCACUCGGGGCCCCUCACCCACCUCAGCGGGGGCUCGGGUUCCCUGGGGAUUGGGCUCACUCCUCUGUGCUCAGCUGGGCCACAGAGGUACCCAGGAAGUGCCCCCGGGGGUGACUGGAGGGACCCUGGGGAUGGUCAGAGCCCGGGCGGGGGCUCUGCUUCUGCACCACCUCCUUGACCAGAGGCCUCACGUAGCCCUUUUCCGGGAGUUGUAUCUUGUGUGUGUUGAGACAGCUUUGUUCUCUCGCCAGUUUUCCAAUUUGCUGGGGACGGUCUACCGGUGUGGAAACUUAAAUUUUACGUGUGAUGGGAAUUCCCUCAUCAGUCCCGUGGGAAAUAGAGUCACUGUGUUUGACCUUAAAAACAACAAGUCGGACACUCUGCCCCUGGCCACGCGGUACAACAUCAAGUGUGUGGGCCUGUCGCCCGAUGGCCGCCUGGCCAUCAUUGUCGAUGAAGGGGGCGACGCGCUGCUGGUCAGCCUGGUCUGCAGAUCCGUGCUCCACCACUUCCACUUCAAGGGCGCCGUGCACAGCGUCGCCUUCUCCCCCGACGGCAGGAAAUUUGUGGUCACAAAAGGGAACGGCGCUCAGCUGUACCACGCCCCGGGGAGGCGGCGCGAGUUCAACGCCUUCGUCCUGGACAAAACUUACUUUGGGCCCUACGAUGAGACCACGUGCAUCGACUGGACGGACGACUCCAAGUGCUUCGUGGUCGGGAGCAAAGACAUGUCCACGUGGGUGUUCGGGGCCGAGCGCUGGGACAACCUCAUCUACUACGCGCUGGGAGGCCACAGGGACGCCAUCGUGGCCUGCUUCUUCGAGGCCGACAGCCUGGACGUGUACACGCUCAGCCAGGACGGGGCCCUGUGUGUGUGGCAGUGUGACACCCCCCCUGCGGGCCUGAGGCUGAAAGCCCCCUCGGGCUGGAGGGCGGACCUGCAGCGGAGGGAGGGGGACGAGGACGAGGAGGACAACGAGGAGGAGGAGAGGGCCGUCCGCGGGAAGGCGGCGCCGGCCGCCGAGGAGCAGCAGGGGAAAGUCAGAUACUCGCGGCUGGCCAAGUACUUUUUUAAUAAAGAAGGCGAUUUUAACAACCUGACGGCCGCAGCGUAUCACAAGAAGGUCCAUCUCUUGGUCACCGGUUUUGCUUCCGGAAUGUUCCACCUUCACGAGCUCCCGGAGUUCAACCUCAUCCACUCCCUGAGCAUCUCGGACCAGAGGGUGGCGUCCGUGGCCAUCAACAGCUCCGGGGACUGGAUCGCCUUUGGGUGCUCAGGCCUGGGCCAGCUGCUGGUGUGGGAGUGGCAGAGCGAGUCCUACGUGCUCAAGCAGCAGGGCCACUUCAACAGCAUGGUGUCCCUGGCCUACUCCCCCGAUGGGCAGUACAUCGUGACCGGCGGGGACGACGGCAAGGUCAAGGUGUGGAACACCCUCAGUGGCUUCUGCUUCAUCACUUUCACCGAGCACUCGAGCGGCGUCACCGGCGUGACCUUCACCGCCACCGGCUACGUCAUCGUGACCUCUUCUAUGGACGGGACCGUGCGCGCCUUUGACCUUCACAGGUACCGGAACUUCCGCACCUUCACGUCCCCGCGCCCCACCCAGUUCUCCUGCGUGGCCGUGGACACCAGCGGGGAGGUGGUUGCUGCGGGCGCCCAGGACUCCUUCGAGAUCUUCAUCUGGUCCAUGCAGACGGGCAGGCUCCUUGACGUGCUCUCCGGCCACGAGGGGCCCAUCAGUGGUCUUUGCUUUAACCCCACGAAGUCGGUGCUGGCCAGCGCCUCCUGGGACAGGACAGUGCGCCUGUGGGACAUGGCGGACAGCUGGAGGACCACGGAGACGCUGGCCCUGACCUCCGACGCUCUGGCCGUGACCUUUCGCCCCGACGGCGCAGAGCUGGCUGUGGCCACCCUGAACUCGCAGAUCACCUUCUGGGAUCCCGAGAACGCCGUGCAGACGGGCUCCAUCGAGGGCAGGCACGACCUCAAGUCGGGCAGGAAAGAGCUGGACAAGAUCACUGCCAAGCACUCGGCCAAGGGAAAGGCCUUCACCGCGCUGUGCUACUCGGCAGACGGCCAGAGCGUCCUGGCAGGAGGGAGGUCCAAGUUCGUGUGCAUCUACCACGUCAGGGAGCAGAUUCUCAGGAAGAGGUUCGAGAUCUCCGGCAACCUCUCCCUGGACGCCAUGGAGGAAUUUUUGAACCGAAGGAAAAUGACAGAGUUUGGCAACCUGGCGCUCAUCGACCAAGACGCGGCGGAGGAGGCUGGGGUCGCCAUCCCGCUGCCGGGUGUAAAGAAGGGUGACAUGAGCUCUCGCCACUUCAAACCCGAGAUCAGGGUGACUUCGCUCCGCUUCUCUCCCACCGGGCGCUGCUGGGCGGCCACCACCACCGAGGGGCUCCUCAUCUACUCCCUCGACGCCCGGAUGCUCUUUGACCCGUUUGAGCUGGACACCAGUGUCACCCCCGCACGCGUCCGGGCGGCGCUGCGCCAGCGGGACUUCACCCGGGCGAUUCUGAUGGCCUUCCGGCUCAACGAGAGGAAGCUGCUGCAGGAGGCCCUGGAGUCGGUGCCCUGGGACGAGGUCGAGGUCGUCAGCUCCUCCCUGCCGGACCUGUACGUGGAGAAGGUGCUGGAGUUUCUGGCUUCGUCCCUGGAGGUGUCGCACCAUCUGGAGUUCUACCUCGUGUGGGCGCAGAAGCUGCUCAUGGCGCACGGGCAGAAGCUCAAGGCCAGGGCGGGGACGCUGCUGCCGGCGGUUCAGUUCCUCCAGAAGAGCAUCCAGCGCCACUUCGACGGCCUCUCCAAGCUGUGCGACUGGAACCGCUAUAGCCUCCGGUUCGCGCUGGCCGUCUCCCAGCAGCGGGGCCUGAAACGCGCCUCGGAAGCGCCGGGCAGCGAAGAGGAAGCGGACGGGUCUGACGAGGACGACGAGAGCCUGCACCUGCUCGGGGCGGGGCCUGGGGACGCCGACGGGCUGCGCCCAUAGAUCGGGCUGCCUUCAGAACCCCGUGGGGCCAGCUGGGACCUGCCGGGACCCCAGCAGCAGGUGGCCUGGAGCAGGAGCGUGUCUCCUGGUGUCAUGGGGACCUGCUUCGCUCUAAGAAGCAAACUUGGCCGCAGAGUCAGCACACAAGUGUCCUGUCCCCAGGAGCUGGCUGCGUGGGACACGCCUGGCCGAGGCCAAGGGCCCUCAUGUAUAGACUCAAGCUUUGAGUGAGAGUUUUUAUAUUUUUAAUGUAAAGUUUGGACGAUAAGUUCAGGGAUGAAGAGGGGGUUUUUCCAGUGUGUGCGUGCGGGUGAAGUCUGACCCCUGAGGGUGAAGGGCUGUGGCACGUCUGGGAUGUGACUGUCGUGCGGGGGGUGGGGGCCAGAGCGCAAGCCAGCGUGACCGUUCUCCAGACAGGCCUGUGGCUUAGGAGUCACGAGCUGGGCCCUCGUGUCCCUCGCGCCACCAGCUCCUCUUCGGUGCCAGCCCCUUUGUCGCUGCAGAGACACGGAGGGUGAUCCGUCCACCGCCAGGACUUCUGUUGGUGGCCCGGAGAGCCAGCUGCCUAAAGGAAGUGGCCUGUCAGAGCCCACGGUGCUCCUGGGGCACGUGCGAUGGAAUCCAGGUGACAGGUUCUGGCCUUUUAUGCGCAGCCUAGUUUCACAGCCUGUGGGGCCGCGUGCAGGGCCUCCCACCCACCAGCAGGGCAGAACUUCUGGCACAAAGCCCCCGCCUGGCGCGCCGGCGUGGCAAGCCGUGCACUGGAGGCUGCGUGUGACGCCUGGAGAUGUGGCGGCGCUGUGGGGAGGGGCUGCGCCCAGCCCCUCGGUCUGGGGCUCUGAGAGCGGCAGGCCUGCACCCUCAGCGCCCACAGCCUUGGCGGAACAGCGCUGUCAAGCACGAGCCCACACCCCUAUGUUCUCAGAUCAAAGAGUAACGCUUCCCUUUACUUCUAAACUGAACCUGGUCUCCUGAGACAGGCCAGGACCAGGGACACGUGGCUGCAGUGCUCGCACCCGGACAGACGUCUCCUGGAGCAGCAGUUGCACAGAAACCACAAGGGACUAAAAGCAGCUGUGUGUCUGUGCGGUCAGGGUAAACGUGGACCCAAACCCUAGAACCUGCUGCCGCUUCUGAAGAGCCCAGCGCAAAAGCAGGGCAUACGGGCCCCUGUGCACACCACCAAGGGGGUGGGCAGACCUAAGCCACCGCCCCGGACCCCUGGACCCGCCCCAUCCAAGGAGCAGGGAGCGCGGGACCUGCUGCGCCUUUUUGCCCCCGCUUCCCCGCUACAGCAGACGCCCAGGUAAAGGAGGCCCAGAACCCAGGUCCGACAGGUCACGUGGUGCCUGACAUGGGGUGCUUGUCCCCUCUCUGGGAGAGGAUCUGGGAGCCUUGGGGACCACCUAGCAGCUUUCCCGUGGGUGACAAGCAGCUGCCUGAACCUUGUUUCAGUGUCACCACGUUUGCUCAGUCUGCCUUCCUGGCCCCGGGGCCUCGGUCCCUCAUCCAGGCAGUGUCACCCUUUUCCUGAGUCUCCUCUCCUGCAUCUGGAUAGGGCCUCACGCAGCUCCAGUGUCCUCUCCUGGGCGCAGAUCUGCUGAAACGGCACCACAGGGCACUGAGGCCUUGGGGUACAGACAGUCCGGCCUUGGAUUAAAUACCUGUGGGGUUUUAAAGAGCGGAAAGUUGGGGGUGGGGCAAAGAAUGGAGUUCCCUGGGUACCCAGUGGCCUAGGGGUUAAGAACCCACCCUUGCCACUGCUGUGGUGUAGGUUCAAUUCCUGGCCCAAGAACUUCCUGCAGCGUCAGGACACGGGUUUGAUCCCCAACCCAGCCCAGUGGUUAAAGGAUCCGGUGCUGCCACAGCUGUGGUGUAGUUCGCAACUGCGGCUUGGAUCUGAUCCCUGGCCUGGGAACUCCGUGAGCUGUGGGGCAGCCGAAAGAGAAAAAGCAAGGGGGAGAGGGGCUUGCCCUUCCCUCCUCCGCCUCUGCAGGACGACUGCUCUCCCGGGGCUCCUGGGAACCAUCUGAUCCAACUCCCAGACCCAGGGGAACCGAGAGAGGCCUUUUGAAAUUAACAAGACUGGGAGGUUUCUGGGUCUUCUGUGAAAACCAGCUUGUAAAGGAGCUGUAUUUAAUUGGCUCAAUGGGAACUUAGCACUUACAUAAAGUCUCAGAAAUGUAAAAGAAACCCACCAGAAUAGUUUUCAGGUUCAUGUGAUCUGGGGAAUAUUCAAUAUUGAAUUCUUAGCUGGUAUUAAAGUGGAGUUCCCUGGUGGCUCAGCAGGUGAAGGGCCUGGCAUGGCCACAGCUGUGGCUCCAGUUGCUGCUGUGGUGCGGUGUCGACACCUGGCCCGGGAACUUCUGCAUGCUGCAGGUGCAGCCCAAAAAGCCAUCUGGUGUUGAGGCUAGCUUGAGCCUGCGUUUGUAGUUAACAAAGACCUGUCUUUAGAACCGCAACA